ACUCUUUUAAGCAUUCUCCUAUUUAUAAAAUGCACCUAUAACUAGGUAAACUUUAAUCAAGGGUCUGUCUCACAAGUCUCAAUAAAGUCAACCCUGCAACCGCCUAUCAUUCUGAGACAAUACGACCCCAACGGAUUAUUCAAAGUAACACCACUGGAUUUCGUUAUGCUUUUUGAAGAAUUAAGGCUAUAAAAACAUUUAAAGAAUAUAGAUCGACUAGAAGAGUUGACACCCAACAGCCUCGUUCUCUUUUUUAGUAUCCAACAAUCCUUUCAUACUUUCAUUCAUUACUAUCGUGCUUUUUAUCCAUUCGCUUCUUUACCUGUGUUUUGAAAAUGCAGUUGACUCUCUCUAUUCUCUACUCGACGGCCCUUUGGGCUUGUCAUAUUUCUGCGAGCCCUCUGCCCCAAUCGGGAACCGGAGCAGACUCUUGUGACACUGAUCCUUUGACUCAGGAAACCUGGACGUCCCUCAACAUCGAUCAGUUCCUCAUAGACUGGACUCCCAAUGUCACUCAGGCUGAGACCAACAACGUGCAGGCUCUUGCAGAUUCCUUUGGCUCACCCAACUUUUUCUGCGGUAUCGAUCAAUUUUGCAAUGCUGGUCAGCCAUGUGUUCCGGUCAAGCUGCCUGCCUGGUAUGCACUGAUGGGAGUUCAGAACUGGAACAACUAUAUGAACAAUAUCAAUACGGCCAUCCAAUUCGCUUCCAGCAUCAUCGGUCAAACCCUGCCAGGAAUUGUGUCUGAUCUCUACCCAACUCCCGACGACAACGUUACCCCCCUUCAAAAUGUCGUCCGAGCCAUCACCACCACAGUUGGCGUGGUUCCAUUUGCAGACAAGAUUGCAGGAGUAGUGCAGGCCUCAUUCACCGGCUACGUCGGUUACACGCUCUCACUUGUUAAGACACCCACAACCGAUGCAUUCCUGCAAUGGAGCAACGUGGCUGCAUCCCUGGCCGAUAUCAUCCAGGCUUACCAAGCAGCUGUAUCUGAUGGACUCAAGAAGGUCUUGGACACUCCUGUUGCUGACCCUGGUGGCAUCUACGAGCAGCUCAAGGGUGGCAGGUUCCUUGGCAGCGCUCAAAACUUCACUCAAAGCGAACUCCAGGCCAAGAUGAUUGACUCGUUCAAGACCUACUCCAUCGGUUUGGCUCUCCAGGCCCAAAAGAUCUUCAUCGCGCGUUUCUCCGGUAUUGACCCAGAGAAAGAUUCUUGCGAAGACGCUGAGCGGGCUUCAAACUUGUGCCAGAACGACGAAAACGGGGUCUAUACCAGAUACGUCCUGGUCAAGGUCGACGGGGAUGGCAACAUGGACCCACAGCCUGACGUCGCCGAUACAAUCAUCAACAAGUAUGGCUUCUCAAAGGAGAAAGUUCUAGUGGAGCCCACGAAAUGUUUCGAUAAGAAUGGUGGUAAGCAGGUGACGGAUGACUUUGGGGAUUUUAUCCCAAUCGAGCCUAACACGCUAUGCCUGUACAAUGUAGUUGUCUGCGAUGGCUCUAAGCUAGAAGAGUGCAGGGGUACUGGCGCUAAUAUCUAAACGAGUGUAUAUAUGGCUCGGGGUGCUGAUUUACCUAGGAAUUCAUAAGGAAAAUACGAUUGCAAGCCAGUGGAGCCCCCCUUCCCUAGGUUUUCAGGCCCCCCUGCAUUCAAUUAUUAAGUUCAUGCCCCUAUGGAGG